AUGUCUCAAUUUAUUGAUCAAGAGAUAAAUGGAUACAAAGUCUAAAAAGCCAUAGGUGAGGGGAAAUUCUCAACAGUGUACAAGGCGAUGAAUAAGGAAGGAAACGUUGUUGCGUUGAAGAAGAUUAAAGUGAUUUGUGAAUUUAUGUUAGAUUUUUGAUAUGAUGGAUCCAAAACAAAGGGAGAAAUGCUUAAAAGAGGUGAAGUUAAUGCAACCUUUGGAUCAUCCUAACAUUAUAAAAUACUUGGACUCAUUCAUCUACAAUAACGAAUUGAUUAUAGCUACAGAGUGGGCAGAGAAGGGAGAUUUGAAAAAACUAAUUAAAAAUGCUUAAUCUGAUGACACUCCGUUUGAGGAAGUGUAAUUGUGGAAUUACAUAAUGCAAAUAGCAAGUGCAUUGGACCAUAUGCAUGAAAAGAGAAUAAUGCAUAGAGAUUUGAAACCAGCCAAUAUAUUUAUAGGAGGAGAUGGCUCAUUGAAAGUUGGAGAUUUGGGUUUGGGUCGCAUAUUUUCAUCGGAGACUAUAGAGGCUUACUCUAAAGUUGGAACACCAUUAUAUAUGUCACCUGAGGUAAAUUAUCAUUAAAAAGGAAGAGCUCCUUCAUGGUGAAGGGUAUGAUAUGAAAUCAGAUAUCUGGUCAUUGGGAUGCAUCGCAUAUGAGAUGGCUGAGUUCAAGAGUCCCUUCAAAUAAAGCGAAAAGAUGUCUCUUAUGGAUUUAUUUAAUAAUAUCACCAAAGGGGAAUUUAAACCAGUCUCGAAUCGAUAUAGCCAAUAAUUAAGGGAUGUCAUAGAAGGGAUGAUUGUAGUCGACCCUUAAAAAAGACUUGAUGCAAGCACAGUUUUAUAGAGAUCAAAGGAAAUUCAUAACACUUUUCUUGAUACUAAGAAGACUCCAUAGAUAAUUAAUGUUUUGAUGAUGGAAGUAUUUAAAUCACGUAAUUUAUAUAGGACAUCUAUGAGAAGUUGUCAUUGGUUCAAUAUCAUGAAUAUUUCUGUAUUCCAUUGAAAAAGAAACCAGUUUCAAAAUAUUAUUUCUCUUUAGAUGAAAAUGUAAAUCAGAAUCAAAGGUUCUAUUACUUUGUUGAGUUAUGUUACUGGCUAAUGAGUUUGCCGAAACAAAAAAAGAAUAAAAUGGCACAACCAAUAAAACUUAAUUAUCAUAAUGUUGAGGAAACUGCCAGAAAAUUACUGAUUGAUAUCAAAGCAUGGGGUAUAAAACUGCCAGAAUAAUUGGGAUCUCCUCACAUUUCAUAAGGAUGUGGAGAUAUGGUUUGCUUCAUUUUAAAUGACUUACUCAAUCGAGAAUUAAUUAGAAUAAAUUUUAAAUUUGAAUCCCCCAAUUUUGGUAAAGAUUUGGAAAGCUCUGUAAUUUAGGUUAAUAAAAUAGAUAAUGAAGAUCUUAUAGAGAUUUAAGAGGAAGAGAAUGAAAAUGAAGAAGUAGAAUAAGAUGAGUUAACUCAGAGUAUUCUAUUUUAUCAUAAGAAAUAUAAUAAUGAAUAAACUGAUUACAAUCAAGUUCCUUAAGAUAGAUAAGUGAUUGAAACCAAAGUUGCAAUUAAUGAAUGGACUAAAGAGUUCAAUAGGGUCGAGAAGGAGUUCUCUAAAUUUGAGGCUAAUCUUAAAGUUAAUAAACAAUACUUAAAAGAUUAUGAGAGAACAAUAAUCACAAUUUCCAAAUGCUCUAAGGUAAUUCCAUUUAUAAUUUAAGUAAUUAUCUAUACUCUCUGAACACUUGAAGUCAAACGAGGUCUAGGAAAUACAAUAAUAAUGGAUUAAUUAUCUGGAGUUGUUACCUAAAUUAGAAACUAAGGUUACUCAGUAAAUUCCUGAAAACGUUUAAAUUACUUUAAAAGAGAACAGGAAUACGAUAUCCAAUUUGCAAUUUCAAAUUUCACAAUUGAAUAAAGGAAACAGUGAAAAAUAGGAGAUCGAUUAACAAUUAAAUUAAUAGUUAUUGGAUGUAAAAGAAAGAACACCCGUUUUGGUUGAUAAUAGAUCUAAGCAAAAAUAAUUAAUCAAUUAAUUGAGAGUAUUGAUGUUAAUAUUAUGAUAGAAUGACAUAAGAGAUAUGGACAUUAAAAUAGGAAUUAUGCAAACUCAAAUAUCAAAAUAGUAUUUUCAUACUUAUGAUGUGCUAUCUGAUGAUGAAUUCUGA